CACAGCAGUUUCUACACUGUGUGAUUAACUCGUGCAGUUCAUGUAAACUUGAAUUUAAGAACAACAGAAAAUAUUCGAGGAGCUACGUCAGCUUUACCCAUCAAAGAGGACAGACUUACUGCAGCAGCUCUCUAUGGGUUCCCACUGGUGGCAGCUUCCUCUGAAACUAAUGGAACCAGAGGAGAGCCAUUACUCUGGCAGUGCACACUCAGCAAACAGUUUGAUCCACAGAAAGUCAGCAUUUAUUGGCAGAACCAAAACAAUACUGAAAUGCUCCACUAUUACAGGAAUGGAAAGGAGGAUUUGGAACAUCAAAGCUUGCCAUUUAAAAACAGAACCAAAAUCUUUCCUGAUCAGUUACGAUCUGGAAACUUGUCCCUUAUCAUCGAUCCGCUGAUGCAUGAAGACAACCUGAAGUCCCUUAAAGUCGUUUUCAACCACGCAGGAAAAAUCAAGGACAAACUCUGCCAAACCAUGGUUCAUGUAGCAGCUAAUUUUAAGGAGCCAAACAUCGAGAUCAACCAAAAGAAGAUGACAGCAACUUGCAUAACACAGGGGGGCUUUCCUGAACCUGAACUGGCAUGGAUUUCCACCGACCACGAAGGACAUGAACGUGCACUGGAACCACCUGAUGUUCUGACCCUGCAGAUCCACAAGGAGGAAGACGGCACCUACAGCGUCAUCAGCACAGCCAACAUCACGGGGUCAAAGACGGUGACCUGCAACGUUUACAACCCAACUUCUAACAAGACUGUGGGAGCAACUGCAGCCCUGCCUGCAGGUGAAGGUCUGCCUGUGGCUGAAACGGGUGGGAUUGGAGUAUUUAUAGUAGCCAUCGUACUUGUAGUACUGAUAGUACUCGCAGCCUUUGGCUACAAGAAAUAUCACCAACAGAGACAACGGAGGCCAGACAGCCCUGAGCCGUCAGCUGCUUAUCUUUCCAACGGUGCUUUGCUAGCAGAGAAUGGAGGUGUGUGCUAGUGCUGUACAGGAAGGUGGCGCUGCACACGGGCUGACCAGUACUGGCAGGACUUUGUCGGGGAUACGUGUGUUAAAACAAACACUGCUGCUCUGCUGUACCUCAAUGCAGGAACAUUGUCCUUCCAUUCAGGCGCAGACAGCCAAAGAGAAAGCUCAGGAGAAGCACAGCUCUGAGGUCAGCUCUCCUGCCAUCGAGGCAGGAUGACCACAGAUGAAGCCUGCAUUAAGAUUCAGAGUGAGACCAAGACCCUAAAGACCAGCUUCAUCUCUGUGGCAUUAUUAAAGUUAGAGCUUCACAUGAUGGGCUGUACCUCGUUAUGCUCAGUAUUUGUAAUUCUUGCUUGAAACAGAUUUCUGAGCUUUAACAUUUCUCCCUCUGUGAAGAUAAACUGAAGGAUCUUGUUACUGUACUUACGUAGAAGGUAUCUGGACUUCAGUAUUUUCUGACAACUUUUUACUGCCUAUAUGUUAACACUACUUUCUACUCCUUGACUUUUCAAAACAGACUCAUUACUUUUGGUUCAACGGUAUCAUUUAUAGUGUUUAUACUUUGGGUUAAAGCGGGCGUACGUAUGUCGUCAGCUUCUAGUUUCUACAGAAGAGGAAAGAGCAUCAAGGAUGUUUCUCCAACGUUUCUAUCGGCUCAACAAACAUCAGCAAACACACAGUUUGUCUCACAGUGUGUCUCACAGUGUGUGCUAAAGCUAAAGGUGAGAGCUACGUUCACUCAGAGAUGGAGACAGAUCAGAAAGACGGACAGGAGAGGAAGAGCUUAGACUUAAUGUUUAUAUCCUUAACCAUACUAUGCAGUUACAACCUAUAAUUAUCUGAGCUUAGUCCACAACAACAUCGGCACGUUUAAAGUGAAAUAUUCUUUUACUCUCUUCACCUUAAAAACUAUCCUAAAAUAUGAUGACAGCAUCCAUCUCAUCCUAGAACGACUAAACAGCCGAUUCAUGAACAAAAUAACUGACAGACAUCAAAAUGUGAAGAUUUGUAUUUCCCUUGAAGUCACUUUGUCCUCAUGUAAACGCGUUCAUGCACAUUCACGUGUUUUCUUCCUACAGGACACCUGACCAACAAACAUGUAAUAGUAUUUGUACAGUAACAGUAUCCAGAGUACUUUAGGUUCGAAUCACUGCUGCGGGUGUUUUGGCUCAGCCAAACACGUGUGGUUCACAUCCAUGUGUGUCCACUCAUGAGAAGGACACACAUGUAGUCCUGCAUUCACUUCAUCAAUGAAUCGGAGUGAACGUUUGUCCUGCAUUAACUCUGUGGGGUCUUCACCUUACAGUAACACGUGUGUUUGUUCACUGAUGCUAUAUGAAUAAAAGGGAACUACAGGUG